AUGACCUCCUGGGUCGAGCACGAAAACGUCACCGCGGUCAUAAACUCGGGCCUGCUGGGUCAGGAGUCCAGAAACUCCAUCGCCGAGAUGCUUUAUGGUGAUGUGAACCCGAGCGGGAAGCUGAGAAACAGUAUUGCUAAAAAUGGGUCGAAUUACCCGGCUGGCGUGUACGAGACGGUCUAG